GGAAUUUCAUAAAACUGCAGUGGGUUAACUUAACAUGAAACUAGUACUAAGACUAUUAUUCUCACAGACCCACAUUGUUUAACUAGUUUUGUGUUUUGGCGCACUACUUAAGCCUGACGCAAAAUGGGCUCUCAAGAUAGUGUUUAUAACUUUGAGAAGGUGGCUGUUGAUCCAUGUGAACCUCUUGUUCUUCGUCCGCCUGUUGGAUCAGAAGUUUAUGGACCACCGCUUCGCAGAAAUCGUCCCAGUCGUCAUCGGCCUUUUCUUCUAGGCUCACUCUUCGUUUUGUUUACACUGCUGAUGAUUGCUAGCGUCUUUUUGUUGCUUUACAUUCUUGGAUACAGACCGUUAACUGCUCUUACUCAUAAAUCUAAUGGACAUCAAUCAAUUUGUCGCAUUCGCAUCCCAUUUUUGAAGAUUGACCCUGUAGAAUCAAUUACAGCAGAUGAGAACUUUCUCAAUGUGACAUUGUCCGAAGUGCCAUACUAUAAUGUGAUACGCAUUUUACACUUGUUCUCUGAAGGUCUAACAGUGAUUAGGACUAAUAAACACUGUUAUAUUAGACCACUAAGAGCUGAAUUAAGAGGAUCUGGAGUUGAAGAUUACUUGCGUCGACUAAAUGAUGGAAAUGAUCUAAAAGAAUCAGUGGAAGGUUAUCCUGUGACGGAACCUUGGUUUAUUGAUAGAGAUCCAUAUAAUACUAUCCACAAUUCAUUGAUUAUGUCAUGGUGUGCUGGCGUGCCGGCAUAUCGUCUAGUGUCAAGACCACCUAUCGGAGGAUAUAAUAUGGAUGUGAUACCUGCUAUACCAGACCAGUCAGUGAAACCAAGUAACCCAGAUCCAUUCGGUGGUGAUUAUGAUGGUGAUCAAGCUGACUUCUUACGUGCUCUUCUUCCUGACCAUGAAAAUAUUCGUCGGGUACGCAGUGUGGACUUGGCUACUGUGAUGGGUGUUAAACCAGAUACCUUGCCAAAAUCAAUAAUGAAGUCAGACAAGUCAUCGGAUUGUGAAAUUGUAGACAUUCUUCUGGAAGAUGCUACAAUCACACCAGCAAAUGAUAACAAACCAGUCUCUGUUCUUCGUGAUGUUAUCAUGUCUUGUCAUCAUUAAAUAUUACAUCAAAAUAAAAGCGAAAAAACAACAAAUGAAACAGAAGAGAGGAAAAACCAAUCAUUAUAACAGGAAUUAUCAUCACUGCUCCUUCUUAUAACCAGUUUAUCCACUGUUACUGUCUGUUUUUAUUCUCAAUUUUAAUUGCAUUUCAUAUGACUGACUUUCAUUUUGAUUUUGUUAAUCACCUGCAUUAACAUUGAUGACAAUCAUUUGUUUUAAUUAGUCUAUAUUAUUAAAGCAAUCAUAACUGUUUUACGCGCUCACACAAUACUCAAUAGUAUAGAUCAUCUUUAAUAAUAAUAAUAAUAAUAAUAAUAUUUGUUGUUGUUAUCAUAAUAUUAAUGAUAUUAUAAAGUAAACUCAUGCAUUCAUUCAUUAACUACAUAUAUAUUCACUUUUAUUGAUUUAAUGAAAGGUGGUUCACCAAAAUAAUUUUGAUUGUUAUUACUGCCUCUGCAAGUGCUAGCAUUGUGUUGGUGUGUGUGUUUGUGUGUUUAUGGCAAAUAAAAGUGUAACAGUAACUUUGCAUGCGUCUCAGCGUUUUUUGUCGCUUUUUAUCUACCUAACUUGCAUUAUAUGUUUCAUGUAUAUGAUAAAUAAAAAUGUUCGAGUUCUA